AUGUUCAUCAGAGUUCGCACACUGACUGGCAAGGAAAUCGAACUGGACAUUGAACCGGAUUAUAAGGUCUUCCGUAUCAAGGAGCGGGUCGAGGAGAAGGAGGGGAUUCCUCCAGCUCAGCAGAGGUUGAUUUACGGUGGGAAGCAGAUGGCGGAUGAUAAAGCUGUUAGCGAGUACAAUCUUGAAGGGGGGGCUACGUUGCAUUUGGUGCUUGCGCUGAGGGGUGGGCGAUAG